AUGCCUUCGACAAAGUCCAUCGCCGUCGUCGCGACCCUCGCAGCAGGCGUCGCCGCAAGCAACUGCAAACCAUCAAAACCCACCACCACCACCUCUGCUCCCACCACAACAUCAUCAUGCCCCGCCUACACGCUCAUCUCAGAGCCAACCGAGGACAUCAACUGCAACGUACGCGGUGAACCCAAAGAGGGGCAAAACCAGGUUCUGGAGAGUUUAUACCUGGACGAUUGCGCGCAGAAAUGUAAAGAGUUUGAUCUUUUCAACUGCGAGCUUAUUAGCUUUGAGGAGCCGGCUUCGCCAGAGGAGCAGGGAAGUUGUACGCUGUAUCCGGAUACUGAGAUUGUGGAGAGGCCGAGGGGGGGAGAGGUUGUUUAUUAUGAUUCGAGGUGUUUUGCAUGUUAUACGAGGGGAGGAAGGGGAGGAGGGAGGAAGUUUAGGGGGAGGAUUAGGAGGAUGUUUGACUACCUCUGGGGCGAUACGAGUAAAGAGGAGAAGAGGCUGAUACGAAAACUUGAUUUCUUUAUUCUUACUUUCUGUUGCUUCAGCUUCUUUUUCAAUCAUCUUGACAGACAAGCCUUUGCGAAUGCAUAUGUAGCCGGUCUUAAAGAAGCCCUCGAGCUGAGUGGUAACCAGUACAAUGUUCUCCUCUCGAUGGCAUCAGCAGGCAUGCUGGUCGGCCAAAUACCCAGCAGUAUAAUCAUCCAUAAGAUACGCCCUCGAAUCUGGAUGUCUUCUAUGGUCGUCGUAUGGGCAGGCCUCACCAUGGCCAGUGCAGCUUGCAAGACAUAUGCUCAACUCUGCGCCGUGCGCUUCCUGAUGGGCCUCGCUGAAGCAAGUACUUAUGCUGGCUCAAUUUACAUCAUGGGAUCUUGGUAUAAAUCCAACGAAAUCGCCAAACGCACCGCCAUGUUCACGGUCGCUGGUCAAGUUGGCAAAAUGUUCGCCGGAGCUAUGAUGGCUGCCAUUCACGAGUCAAUGGAAGGUCAUGCCGGGCUCGAGGGCUGGCAGUGGGUGUUUUUGAUCGACGGGAUUAUUACACUGCCUGUUGCUAUCUUUGGAUUCCUCUUCUUUCCGGAUGUACCUGAGUACACGGACGCUUCAUAUCUGAGUGAUAAGGAACGACAGCUUGCGCUUGAUCGACUACCGCCUAAGAAGGAAGACGGUCAUGAUAUACAGGCGUGGAGUCUUGUGAAGAGGGUCAUGGGACAUCCUUUGCUUUAUGUCUGCUGCGUCUUCUCGGUCCUCGGUUCCGCACUUCAGUCCUACGUGGUGCAGGGGCUCAUGCUUUUGUACCUCAAGUUCCGCAAGGAUAUUGAUGGUUUCACCCAGUCUGAAGUCAACACGCUCCCCAUCCCAACUCACGCCGUCGGUAUUGUCGCUGAGCUUUCUGUUUCAUUCUUCAUGGAUCGUUAUAACCGGAGGAUGUCGCUUGGCUUUCUGCUUUGCUCGAUCCAGAUAACUUGCAGCAUUGUACUGCUGGUUCCAGGAAUGUCAGUUGCGGGCAAUCUCACCGCACUUUACCUCUCAGCCUCAGCAUACGGGAUCAAUCCUCUGUUGUAUGGGUGGUCAAGCAACAUCUUAGCCCGGACAGCAGACGAUGCCGCUCGAAGUGUGACUCUGGCUUCAAUGGCGGCAAGUGAUGGAUUACUGUGGACAUUCUGGGGCAUCGUCAUGUUCCCAGCGGAUCAUGCACCUUACUGGCGAAAUGGGUACAUCGGGAUGCUGUGUGUUAGUGCUGCCAUGGUUGGCUGGCUAUUUGUUGUUCGCUGGCUCGAUCGUUACACCGCAGAAAAGUAUCCUGCUGGAGAUCAUACAAGCGCCUCGUCUCUGGUAGUGACGGAGGUGAACUACUCCACAAUGGAUCAAAAUAAGGCAGUUUGA